GCAACCAAAAGAUAUAUGUAGGCAUGAGUCAAACCAUCAACGCAAAACCUUCAACUUUAAAUCUAACAUAAUUCAGUUAUGAUGGAUACCAACCAAGAAAUAAAUGUCAUAAAUUGGGCAUGAAUUUUUUCAAAAUGUGAUCUUUACUAUAUGCCUUGCUAACGAUUUAGUUUUCGGUCUUCACCUUGCAGUUUGCAAACACACCAUCCAGAGUUGGUCGGAUUGAAUCGUAUGCGCAGGAGUAAAAUAUUCAGUAGCAACUAGAUUUAUUACAGACUUCAACAUCUUUACGAACUUCGUUCGAUUUCAUCAAAUUUCCUUUGCGUUUUAUUAAUUUAAGAAAAAUAGGAAGUCAUAAUGAUCCAUUAUAAAGUACGCCCUUUACGUCUAGAAGACAUUCCUGAUGCAAUUGAAGUAGCUCUUUGCAGCACAUAUCAGUAUUCUAAGGAAAGUUUAGAGUCAUGGAUGAAGCAUGACCCAGAAGGAAUAAUAGUUGCAGUUUUAGAUUCAGGUAAAGUUAUUGGAAUAUGUGCAACAGUCAUCCAUAAUAAUGAUGUAGCUUUCGGGGGAGCAUUUUGUGUUUUGGAAGAAUACCGACUCUUCGACGUAGGGAAUGAACUUUUGACCCGAAGUCUGAAACAUGUAGAGGAUAAAAACUUGGGUCUUAAUUGCACAACUGAUAAAUUACUAAUUUACAAGAAUAGAGGAUUUAAUAUUUUCGAGGAAUCCUGGUCAAUACUGGAGUAUGAGUACCUUGGUCCUCUUAAUACCGACGUAUUAUCAGACAUCCUUCCAGCAGGAGUUGAACUAAAAGCAUUUCAAGACUCAUACCUUGAAGCUAUAUAUGCAUAUGAUCGUAUGCUAGUAGGCUACGACAGAAGGGAAAUAGUGAAAGCAAACUGCAAGGAACCGAGCACAAAGACUUUGAUUGCUUUCAAAAGAGGCAUUUGUGUUGGCUACGGUUGCGUAAAAAUUAAUAUCUUCUACGCUGCUCGUGUGGGCCCACUGUAUUGCAACGAUCAGAAUGUCGGGGAAGUGAUGUUCAAGAGACUUCUUGAACAGACGCCAAGCGCAAAGGGAUUGGCGAUGUGCACCAUGAGCAAUAAUCUGAUUGCGAAUGGAUGCGCGAAAAGAAUGGGGAUACCAAUACACCAGAAUUUGCUUAGACUUUAUACUAAAGAAAAAAUGUUUGUGAAUACAAGUAAAAUAUUUGUACAAUUUGACGUGGAUUUUUCACCAUUUUGAUAAAUUAAAUUGUAAGCCAAUUUAGAACGAGAAAAUGCAUGUAAGCAUAAGAAAAAUAUUUGCUUAUUCUGAAAUGGGUUGCAAAACUUUGUAUUAAAUAAAACUGAAUAUUUUCUAUGAAA